CUAGGAGGAACAUGGGAGCACCCAAGUUUAAAAACAGGAUGGAUUGUUUGGCAGGUCCUAAAGAUAUUGAGUGGGAAAAUGGAAAGAACCCAGUUGCCAUUAACACCGAAGGAGUGAGCCGGUUUGCUGUGUAUUUGUUCCAGGAACAGAAGCUUAAGCUUAUGAAGCCAACAGAGAAAUUGGAGUUUUCACUAGAGCCAUUUACUUACGAGCUGCUUAUAGUUUCUCCAGUGCAGGCCUUGUCAAGGAAAUUGAUCCAAUUUGCUCCAAUUGGAUUAGUGAACAUGCUCAAUUCUGGAGGUGCAAUUCAGUCUGUUGAGGUUGAUGAGAAUGGAAAUAGCGUGAGGAUCGGAGUGAAGGGAAGUGGGGAAUGGAGGAUCUUUGCAUCGCAAGAGCCAAAUGAGUGCAAGAUUGAUGGAAUGUGUAUGGAGUUCUGUUAUGAUGAUUGUAUGGUUAAAAUUCAAGUCCCUUGGCUUCGUUCUCCUGGAAUUUCAAUGGUUGACUACUUCUUUUGAGUUAAACUUAAACUCGAAAGUGGAUUCGUCCUAAUAUAUGGGUCCUGAGAGCCAUGAUGCGAGUGUAGUAUUGAUUUUGUAGUGCAGAACUGUCAAUGAAUUGUAAACCCCGGGCUAGCUUAUUUGUUGCAGGUAUAUUAUUAAUGGCAAUGUUGAGCCAUCAGUUAUCCGGAUGGGAGAAAAAGUGAAAGCCAUUCUGUUCAGCUUCGUGCAUUUUGCUCUUCUAUGGAUUGUGAUUUGUGAACGACAAAUAUUCCAAGAAAUGACAAGCAGCGUGCCUGUAGUAAAUUUUAGUACAAAAACGUUACCGUUUGGCUUUAAGACGGCAGGUAAAAUAACAGGAAAAGGGGAAAUAGCGUAAAUAAAACACGAGUCGGAAAAAGGAUUGUGGGGCUGCAAAGCAAAACCGUGGAUAAAGACGGAAUGUCUCGAUGAUACUUUUGUGUUCAACGAAAAUCAAGAGAAUUCGGUUGCUCUAAUUCGCCAAGUUAAGAAUGCAAAGUUUUACUCAACGAUGAAUUCAUCCAAGUACAUGGAUAAGCAAAUCACUGAACUUUCCAAAUACCGGAGACGUUUCUUAGGCGAUGAUGAAGAGGAAGAAGACGAUCAAGAUCGCGGCUUCGACUUCCACACAAUUCAGUCGCAUACAAAAUCUUUCGAAGGAACCCACUUCAGAGGUUGGAGUUCAAAGGACCAUAUUGAUUCUACGAAAUUCUCUGGUGAGAAAGCUGGGAUUUUUAGUGAUGUAGAAUUGAUUUCAAGUAUUGAUCAAAAGUUGAAGGAACAUGUUGAUGUUUUGCUGCACGCUGUGGAGUGUCUCAGUGCACGACUAUCUCAGAUGGAAAGUAGAACACGCCAAGCAGAAAAUACUUUUGAUGAUUUAAAGGAAUCAGUUGAAUUUAGUCAUGGAAGUACUGACAGAAAGCUAAUGGAGCUAGAGACUAUUCUAAUAGAGGUUCAAAGUGGGAUCAAAGAUCUGAGUGAUAAACAAGAGAUAUCAGAGGCUCAACUGCGGCUGACAAAGCUUUGUGUGUUGAAGGAUGACCGAGAACCAGAAAAACUAAACAAUACUGUUGAAUCAAGUUCGGGUAUAGAAGCAUUGUCAUCAGUCUCUCAGCAAUCCAACCAACCACAUCCAGUUCCAGUAUUUCGUGCACAGCCAGUUCUUGCUUUCUCUUCUAAUAUCACAAACUUACCUCUUCAACAUCAUUCUCCGGCUCCACUUGGAGUUACAGCACCACAGGUUCCUGCGCAUUCAGCAUCUUACCUUCCCACUGUUGCUGCAACUGAACCACAACUUCCUUCCCAGCUACCCCAGAGCAUUGUACCUCCAGUUCCACAUCAAGGAGCUUAUUAUCCACUGCCAGUUUCGACCCCAGGAACCAGUCAUCAACAAUAUGUUCCUUCAAUUCAGCAGCCACAGCCAUCAACUCACAGUCAUCAGCCUUAUCAACCACCAUAUAAUCUUCCUUUAGACUCACACUUACCUCAGUUGCCCCAAGUGCAUCCACCUUUCACAAGAGUGAAUCCUCAAGUCUAUCGUCUUGAAGAAGUUCCUUAUGCGCCAUCAUCUCAAAGCAUCCAUGCACCUUCUCAGCCACGUGAUGUGCCUCCUCUCUCCUCCCAGUUAUUUAAUACCGUUUCUGCUGAUCAACCCUCAAACUUGCGUUAUUCGGAUUUUGCUGGAAAUUCACAAGUUCAACGGCAUCCACAAGGAUACACAAAUAUCGUGGACUUCUAUGGUUAUACUGCUCCUACACAUAAUAGCAAGUCAAUUGCAAAACCUUUGCAACCCUCACCAGCCCCUGUUGCCAACAGUGGUGAAAUUAGUUACUCUCAGUUGCCAACUGCCCGUGUAUUACAACAUGCUAUUCCAACUGCCUCUAGUGUGGACAGUGAAUCAAGCUCUGGCGGGAGUGGAAACACGAUACCAGUUGAUGAUGUUGUUGACAAGGUUGUUGGUAUGGGAUUUCGAAGAGACUUGGUGAGAGCAACAGUGAAAAAACUGACAGAGAAUGGCCAGUCAGUGGACCUUAAUAUUGUGCUGGAUAAGUUGAUGCACAAUGGAUAACAUCAGAAUCUUGGGUCAUGCGAUGUUACUCUUCAAAUUCUUUUUUUUUUUUUUUUUUUUUUUUUUUUGAU